AUGCAAAAUGCUAUUGCAAAACUUGAUGAAACAUGGAAAAGGCCAGGAACUAUUGCUUCUACUCAAACAGUAACAGGCCAAUUAGGAGCAUUUGACAAUAAGAGGGCAGCAAAUGGUGAAGCUUUCAAAGAAGGCGAAUUUGAUUCACUGGAAGUUAAUAUCCUGGUUUCAAAAAAAGUCCAUCUUGUACCUGAAAAAUCAGAUAUUGCAUUUCUAGAAUAUGAGGCAGAUCAUAAAGCAACAGUGGCUAAAGAUGUGUUAAAUGGAUUCAAAAUUACACACAAUAAAGAAAUGAAG